AUGAAUUCAUCUACCGCUCUAUCAAAACUAUCGAGAUUUUCGACCCCGAAAUGGGCCGGUUCUGUGCCAUAUUCUAUCUUGUUGGGCGCUCGGGUCUUGGAUGAACCCCCCACUUCAACCAUACUCCUAAAACCGAUCAGUCGAAAUAUUUCAUACAUACAGACCAGAUUUCAAGCUUCUCCCGGCGAAAGUAAAUCCCAGGCUCCAACUCGCCGGGAUGAGAUUAACGAAGAAGAACAUGGGGCGAUGCGACGAAGGCUAGAGGAUUUGGAGGAACAAUCGAGGCUAGCCCACCCGCGAAGGCAUAUCAAAGCGAUCCAAGCGCAGGAAUCCGGCGAGUUAUCGACGCCUCAUUCCGGAUCCGAGGACUUGGAAGCUUUGAAGGAGAGGUUGUCUAAGAAGAUCCAAAACGCCGAUUUUGAAUCUGAAUAUGCCGGUUCGAUUGCGUACAGCCGGUUAUCUGACGCGGCGGGUAGGGAAACUCGGGAAACUGCCAUGGCGAGACCAUGGGCUGGAGCUGAGUCGUUGGAGGAUUCUGUACUUAGAAGUUUACAUGAGGCUACACCCCGGCUACGAGGGAAAGCUACUGCUCCGACUAGUCGAACAUCAUUGCCAACGAAUUUGGCACCGAUGCGUAGGAUGUCAAAAAAUGAAAGAAUCGUGUCUGCGAGGGACCGAGCAGGCCAAUAUCCACUCAUGAAGAAAAACGAGUCUGAGCUUAAUGAAGAGGAAAAAGAAGCGAGAUCCCGAAUGUUCAAAGAAAGGUUUGAACCCGGGGCACGAGCUAUGCCGAACACAAUCCAGGGUCUCACAGCACUUGCCAACGAGAAAAUCGAAGAAGCUAUCUCGAAGGGCAUGUUCAAAAAUUUACCUAAGGGGCCGAUUAACGAGGACCACCACGCUGGAAGCCCGUUCAUAGAUACAACGGAAUACCUCCUAAACCGUAUGAUCCAGCGGCAAGAGAUAGUCCCCCCUUGGAUCGAGAAGCAACAGGAACUUCAGAAAGAAAUCAGGUCAUUUCGAGGGCGAAUAAGGACCGAUUGGAAAAGACAUGUGGUCCGAACUAUCGCCAGCUGGGGUGGAACCCCGGACGUCUGGAUAAGGCGUGCAGAAGAAUAUGCAAAGGCUGAGCAAAUCGCCAACCCAAAUCCUGCAACCGCCCACGACGGAAGCGCCAAACCCAAGAGCGCGGCUGAUCAAAUUAAGGAGAAUUCUCCAACUUCGAAGGACUCAGCAGCUCCUAUGAAAGAGGGCACGGCGACUGCGAAGUCUGAAAAGCCAUUAAUUCCUUUCCGUGAUAGUAACUGGGAAAGAAAUGAAUUAGCUUACCAUGAAGCCAGCAUCACAACAAUUAAUAACAUGACACGUUCCUACAACCUACAAGCGCCAUCGAUAGCACAACGCCCGUUUGUUACUCUCAGGCGAGAAAUUCUAGCAUGUUACAGAGACGUCAUGCCCACUAUCCCUGCUGAAAUGAUAGAGCGAGCGAACAAUCCAAACUAUGGCAAAUCCCAACUCCAACUAGGCGAAUUAAAGACAGGUAAAGAAGAUAAGAAUCUUCUAUCCUUUCUUUCCACUCGUGAAAAAGGUAAAGUUUACGACGAAUCCGAAGCGAAAGCCUACGGAUUCAAGCAAUUCUGGAAAGACUUGUUUUCUCGCCCGUGA